GUUUGGUCGGCUAAAGUUCACGGCCGUGUGGACCCCAGGUCACACCAGAGGUCACAUUGUAUGGAGACUGCACGGGGACGUCUUCCACACGACGGACAGUGUCUUCACCGGGGACCACCUCAUGCUGGCCUGUUGUGGUGCUCCUUUUGAAGGUUGAUUAACGCUCUGUGCUUCGACUGGAUUCUUCAGAAAAACGGAGAUCUCCUCAGGCUGAAAAAAGAGAUAAGGGCCAAAGAGAAGAAAGUCAACAGUGACACCAACGCCAACACGGCGGCUCUAGCACCACCAGCAACAGCAACAGCACCACCAGCAGCAACAGCACCACCAGCAGCAUCAGCAACAACAGCAGCAGCAGCACCAGCAUCAACAGCACCAACAGCAGCAUCAGCGGUGACGGCGCUCUUGGAAGAGGAUUUGAGAAUCAGGAGGUCUGUCUCCAGGUUCUCCUCCGACAUUUUACUGACCAGAGAACAGCACGAAACACUCAGGGCAGCAGAGACGGCUGCCAGCUCGGCUGGUAAAAGUAGAGUAUAGCGUUCCCUACAUCUGCAUUUCGAUCUUCUUGACCCAGUGCGCAACAUUCGGGGUUAUGGUGGAGGUCACAGAGGGUUAUUUUACAGGAGCGGAGUACAGAGCUCAGUGAUCGUCGCGAUGCGCGAAGGCGUGAGGGGUUAAACAUGUUCUUGUACUUAACUUCUACCGCCCAGCUUGUGUCAUGGAAAUGGUGAAAGUCGUUUACUACAUAAAACACUGAGUUAUCGUCAAAAUGAUGAAAUUGAAGAAACUGGCCCGUUGCAACGCCUACUGUAUAAACUGUAUACAGUAGGUGUUGGCUUCUUUGUGCUCAGAUAGCCUAGGCCCGUUGUCAACAGGGCACUAGUCCAGUAGUGAUGUCCCGGCUCAGAGGGCGGCCAUUUUGGUGAAAUCGGUUUGGGAAUCCCCAGUUUGUAAUUUAGUAAAUUACAAUCAUAAGCAUGUGUGGAUGUGAAGGAAAGCCUUUUCUUUGAAAAAAAAAAUACAACAACCCUCCACUUAAUAUUUUGUAAAAUCUUAGUUUUCCACUACAUUUAUACAUCGAACUCAACUCUACUAUGCUUUUAAACUUCAACUUGUAAAAUGUAGUACAUGUAAAAGAUGAUGCUUGUAACGUGAUGAUUUCUUUACUCUCUGAGCUGGGACAUCACUACUCGACUUGUUGUGUCAAUGGGUUGAUGGUCCGAGGGCAGCGUUAUACAUGUAUGUGCAUAGUGGGGAAAUCAUCAGUUUCCUGGACCUGGUAUCCAUCAUUGCCUUUCUCAUCCUGGAUCGUGGGUAUAGGCCACGAACGAACACUUUCCACCUUUCCCUGUCCUGGGAUAGCCUCUUGAUGUUAUGAUUCCAUGUCUUCCCACUUUUCUGUACAUCGAUUUCUGUGACUCUUUUCUGGGUUCCACGCGGUCCUCCCUUUGAUCUUGUACCCUGUGGGUUCCAAUCCAACACUUUCCUUGUUAUUCAGCUGCCUGACUUCCUGAGAGUAUGUCCAAUCCAUCGCCACCGCUUUCUUCGCACCUCAUCUCUGACUGGGCUGUCUUGCUCUCCUCAGCACGUCCUCGUUGGUGAUCCUGUCUGUCCAUCCGAUCCUUAGUAACUUCCUUAGACACUGGUUCCACAAAACCUGGAUCCU